AAGUGAGUACAAUUCAUAAAUAAAAAUCUUGUUUUUGACAAAUUGCAUCUGACAACGUCAAUAUGACAGGUGCCUUAUAUGCAUACAAUUAUUAACAAACUGAAGCUAUCUUUGCAAUGACUGCAAAAGACAUUUGAUAGAUUUAUGACUGCAUUAUCUGCGCUUAGCCCAGCAUGCAGCACAUCUCAUCCCGAGCUUUAAGACACAGAACACAAUACAUGAAAUUUACUUUCAGAGCAAAUGCUAUGGAACCGCUGGGCCGAGGAAUGGGUUAUACUAUAUGAUGACUCCACCAUGGCCUGGUUUACGGAGCCAGGACGUUCAUCGCCAUCUGGCAAGAUAUUGGUCAAGGAGGCGCCCGAGAUGCUGGCCAUUGCACACUGGACCGGCCAGAUACCGCGUCGUCCCCCAUUGCCCGAUGGCGUCAGCGUGUCACAGCUAAUUGCGCUUGGGUCACGUCGCAAGCGCUCCAAGGUCUACUGGAUGCUGGCCAAGUCUGAGCACGAGGUAAGCGACUGGAUUGACGCCAUAACUAAAACUUUGCCGCCGCCACCGCAAAUCGAAUUGGUCGUGGAUAAGCCGCAACUAAUGAAUGUGUUGCGGCGUCCGCUUGUGCGUAUAAGACCGGCCACCAACUCCGAGGUAAAGAAGCGCAAGUCGGCGGCCCAUAGCACCAGCAGACAUCAUCGCAGCUCCUCGGCGGCCUUAACCACACAGCGCACGCUGUACAAUCAGAAUCCAUUGAUCAAGAGCGAUGCCGCCGUGGCCAUACUGAGCAAAAAGGCGGACUCCAAGGCAUCGCUCGCUUGCGCACUGCCCUGGGGUCAUGGCUGGGGCUGGGCCACGCUGCCCAAUGGCGUCUGGAGUGGCGGUCUCACCUGGUCGCAGUGUGAAGACACAUUCACCCUUCAUGCACUGCCAACAACUCACUGCACCAAUCUAAUCGACAAUUCGUGCAGUGGCGCCGUCUACCACACGGACAUUGGCGGCUUUGAUUUUCACUCCACGGGCAUCGAUGAUGUGGGCGGUGAGGACUUUGACUAUGCCAUGGACUGUGGCGAUUUCAUAUUUUAAAUUCAGCAACAAUAAGCUCCCACCUCAUGCCACCCACACACAAAUACUCACACACAGGUAACCAGGCCGAGCAGCAGUCGAACCCACCCAAAAAACGCGUGAGGCGGAUUAAGAAUGAACACAAAAUUCUAGCAAAAACAAAAAUUAUUGCAACUUGUUGUUGCAAAAACAAAACAGUUCGAAGAAAUUAGUGAUUAACGCUGUCAUAGAAUCAUCCAUGCCUAGUUGUCCUUUUGUGUCAGGCGCUGCAAGUGGCACAGGUCUUCAUGCAUGCACACACACACAUGCAGACAUUUCCAUACAUAUUCCUGCGUGGAGGCAGGGUCACGUUGAGUAUACGCAUCAUGGUGCAGCUGCAUGUAUGUGUAUCGAGGGUCUGCAUGUUUGUGUUGACUGCGUGUUUUGUAUUUUUAAUUGUGUUUGGUGUUUCUGUCUGUGUAUGUGUUUGUUGUUAGUGUGCCAAUUACGUAUAAAAUCCAAUUAAGAAGUUAAGCUGCAACAUGCGAGUGUAACACAUUGAAUUAAUUCCAGAGAUGACAAUUUAUCGAAAAUUAUGUAUAUCCAAUAAACUGCACAUUACACACAGUUCACACACACAUACACUUAGAUGCACAGCAACAUCCACAGAACGACAGCAAGAAUGUCUUGACGUGCACCUGAAAGCAGGCAACAUAUUUUGCAUAGUAAGGGACAACAACAAAUUAUUAUGGUAUUAAGCAUCUUUUUAUGAAUUUUAUAAAAAUUCCCCCCGAACAUUUUCGAUGCCGAAGAUCGCAAUUGUAGCGUGUGCAAUUUUUAAACAAUUUUUUAGCGCAGCUAAUUUAGCGAAAUUGAAAAAUUGUCAUUUGUAAUUGUGUAGAACAUGCUGGCUAUGUUCACAUACGGCAUUUUUAUAGAUUAGUAUGUAGUGGAGACGAGUUUUGCCAUUGAGUUGAGAAUGGCCCAAACCAAGCAAGAGGAAAACCAGGUUAAUAACAAAUACACUUGAAUAUACAUAGUUCAGCCUAAUUAUAAUGCGCAUCGGUAAGCCCCAAGCACACCAAGACAGGUCAGUUAUUAGAAACUGAAAUACACAAAAACCCACCCGUACUGAUAAAGUAAAGUUUAUGAAAUAAACAACUUACACUAACCGCAAAUAUAUUUAAUAUGCUA